AUGUCCACCUCGUUCGAACGCCCCUCGGCUGCCUCCUCUCGCCAGAACUCUACAUCCAGCAACUCUUCCACCCUCAGCAAGACCUGGAAGAAGAUCAAGGAGCACCACGAUGGCAUGAACGAUGCCUUCGCAACCUACUACGGCGGUGGUCGUCGUUCCCAAGAAGCUUGGAACACCGCCAGCCCACGAGGCAGCGUUACCUAUGUCGAGGGAACUGAACACGAACCGCUGGUCGAGAAGAAGAGUCUGGCGAAGAAGAUGCUCGGAAGGGUCAAGGAGCACCACAGGAGUGUUAACGCUGCUUACCGGGCUUACUAUGGCUAA